UAAAUUAAAGAGAAUCUCGAUGAUUACUAAAACAGUAAACACUCACAAGAAAAGAUAAUUUCAAAAUCAAUGGAAGAAAUCAAGAAUUUAGAAACGCCCAAAAUUCCAAGAAUGAAUCAUGGAAUCGGCGAUCAAAGCUACGCCAAGAACUCAAUCUCACAGAGCAAAUACCAAUCCGGAUCCCGCCCUAUGCUCCGCCGCGCCGUCGCCGCCUUAUGCGCCGGCGAUUUGCCAACCUCAAUCGCUGUCGCUGAUCUAGGCUGUUCUUCAGGACCGAACGCGCUGUUCGCGAUCUCGGAAAUCGUAAACGUGAUUCACCGGCGGUGGCGAGGAGAUCCGCCGGAGUUGAUGGUGUUUUUGAACGAUUUGGCGGAGAAUGAUUUCAACUCUGUUUUUAGAGGAUUGUCGAAAUUUUGUGAAAAUUUGAAAGAGAAGAACGGGGGAAUGUUGGGAUUAGGUGAUUGUUUUAUUGCCGGAGUGCCGGGAUCUUUCUACGGAAGAUUGUUUCCUUGUAAGAGUCUUCAUUUUGUUCAUUCUUCUUCAAGUCUUCAUUGGCUUUCUCAGGUACCACCGGAGCUAAAGAGUGAGAAAGGAAAUGGAAGAAUAAGAAACAAAGGGAAGAUAUUCAUAUCAAAGACAAGUCCAAGUGAAGUAAUAGAAGCUUAUUAUGGUCAAUUCAAGAAGGAUUUCAAUUGUUUUUUGAAAUCAAGAUCAAAGGAAGUUGUGAAUGGAGGGAGAAUGGUUUUAACUUUCAGAGGAAGAAGACAACCGGAUCCUUGCCCCGAUGAAUCUUGCCUUCUUUGGGAUUAUUUGGGUCUUGCUUUUCAACAUCUAGUCCAUCAGGGGCUAAUUGAGGAGGAAAAGUUAGACAACUACAACACUCCAUAUUAUGAACCAUAUGUGGAGGAUGUGAAAAGAGAGAUAGAGAAAGAAGGUUCAUUCAAAAUAGAGAAUUUGGAGAUAAUUGCUUUGGCAUGGGAUGGUGUGAAUAAAGAUGGUGAAAGUUAUGAAAGAUCAAGAACAACUCAACAAAUGGCAAAGGCCAUUCAAGCUGUCAAUGAAUCUAUGAUUAGAACCCACUUUGGAGAUCAUAUUAUUGACCCAUUGUUUAAGAGAUUUACACAAAUCAUGGAAGCUGAUACUAAAGAAGUGGAGCAUGUUAGUUUGGUUGUUUCUUUGCUUAGAAAUUAAUUUUGUUCAUCACACACAAUAUAAUAUAUGUGUGUAUAAUUAUUCAUAGAUUUCACCGCAUUUCGUUGACAUUGUAGUGUGUUUUCGGUUAUGACAUGAGAACAAACAAGCUAUGAGUAUUAUAGUUUGAUUAGUAUGAAAAAUGUACUAUCAACUUCAGAAUCAGAUUUAUUCGUCGAGAUUGGAAUAGUGCGGCUCAUAUCUUGGCCUCGUGUGGAUUUUAUGGCAGUGCUGAUCGGUUGAUCUCUUGUUAUUUUUCUUGAUAUCAGGAAUUUUAUCCUCUGGCUUGAAGAUGUCAGGUCAUCUAAAAAAACCUUCAGAAUCAGAAGUUCAAUUCUCUAACCCUACUUAUUAUCAUAAAGGGAAAAAAAAAAUAAGUUAUGGCAUGCAAGAUUGUGUUUUUGAUUUUUUGUAUUUGCUUUAAUUACAUAUAUUUUAAAAAAUAAGAAAAAGUAUAUAUUUAUUUGUCUUAUUGCCAACAAGAGAAUUUGAUAGACAA